AGCUUUUGCUACUAUUUUGAAUGAAAGUUUUAGCGUUGUUGCUAGAAAUGUGCGGGAAAAGAAUGUAUGAAAAUGUGUGUAUUUCUGUCCCAGUCGUAAUUUCUCUAGAAAAAGGAUAUAAUCGAUAUUUUCGAAUAGAGAAUGUGUUUGUUCCUGAUGCCACGAAGGCGUUGUCCGGAUUGACCAAUCAGAAUGCAGCAUUAGAAAACGCCUUCAAGCAUGGUGUGACUGUAUAUAAGAAAGUAGUCCCUCUAUAAAGGCUUCGGGUGUUCAACAAAGUGACUUAGUUAGCUUAUCGGUACCCACAGGGAAAGAUUAAUUAUUGCCACUUGCAAAAAUUAUAUUGUAAAUUCGUGAAUUUUGUCAACUGUAGUUGUUAUUCUUACGCAAGGUCAAACUUUGAAAGUGCGCCCGGGGUCAGCUUUGUCAAAUUGCGCCGGAUUAGUUGUGUGAUGGACUUCAUCUGACGGGGAUUAAAAAGAGUUUAAAACAAUGUAUACUUUAACAAAGUUAAUCAGGCAGUGUGGCCAUUUAAAGCCAAGCUUUUCCAGUCGGAUUUCUCAGGAGAUCAAAGGUAACAAUGCCCUCAACCGGCCCUAUCAGAGUAUUGCUUCACAGGUUUUAUACGGACGACUGAAUGACCUCCCAAAGAAAGUACGGCAUUAUGUGGAAGACAACGUCAAAUUGUGCAAGCCGGAUACGAUUCACAUCUGCGAUGGCUCGGAGCGCGAGAAUGAAUUAUUGUUGUACCUUCUGCAGAGGGAUGGCAUGAUCAAACCUCUGCCAAAGAUGGACAACUGCUGGUUGGCCAGGACAGAUCCCAAGGACGUAGCUAGAGUGGAGAGUCGGACCUUCAUUGCUACAGAGGAGAUGAGGGAUACAAUUCCAGUCGUAAAAAACGGAGUGACGGGAACGUUAGGUAACUGGAUGUCUCCAGAAGACAUGGACACAGAACUCAACAUGAGGUUCCCCGGUUGUAUGAAGGGCAGGACAAUGUAUGUGAUUCCAUUCAGCAUGGGUCCGGUUGGCUCAGCACUCUCUAAGAUCGGGAUCGAGCUCACAGACUCGGCGUACGUCGCAGCCAGCAUGAGAAUAAUGACCAGGGUCGGAACCAAGGUGCUAAAAACUCUGGGAAAUGGAGACUUUGUGAAGUGUUUGCAUUCUGUAGGAGUUCCACUACCUCUUAAAGAACCAUUAAACAAUAACUGGCCAUGCAACCCCAAGGAUACCAUCAUUGCACACUUGCCAGAGAGGAAUGAAAUCUGUUCCUUCGGAAGUGGCUAUGGUGGGAACUCACUGCUGGGAAAGAAAUGCUUCGCCCUCAGGAUUGGAUCCAUUCUGGGGAAAAGAGAGGGCUGGUUAGCGGAACACAUGCUGAUCUUGGGUAUUGAAAAUUCCAAAGGGGUGAAGAAAUACUUUGUAGCUGCUUUUCCAAGUGCUUGUGGAAAGACCAACUUGGCAAUGAUGAAAUCCGCUCUUCCUGAUUAUAAGGUCACCUGUGUUGGAGACGAUAUUGCAUGGAUGAGAUUUGAUAAAGACGGAAAACUCAGGGCAAUUAAUCCAGAGGCUGGAUUCUUUGGUGUGGCACCUGGCACAUCAAUGAAAACGAAUCCCAUGGCUAUGGAAACCAUUUCUAGAAACACCAUAUUUACCAAUGUGGCGGAGACAUCUGAUGGGGGCGUUUUCUGGGAAGGAUUGGAGGGGGAGGUCCCCAGAACCACCAAAAUCAAGUCCUGGCUGGGGGUGGAAGACUGGCACCCGGAGCAGGGAAAACAGGCGGCCCACCCCAACUCCAGAUUUUGUACACCAGCUGCUCAGUGUCCCAUCAUGGAUGAGAAGUGGCAGGACCCAGAGGGUGUCCCUAUUGAGGCCAUCAUCUUUGGGGGACGCAGACCCGAAGGUAUUCCUCUGGUGUACGAGGCCUUUAACUGGCAGCAUGGUGUAUAUAUGGGAGCCUCUAUGAGGUCUGAAGCAACAGCAGCAGCAGAGCAUAAAGGGAAAGUGAUAAUGCACGACCCUUUUGCAAUGCGUCCAUUCUUUGGCUAUAACUUUGGGCAUUACCUCAAACACUGGUUAAGUUUCCAAGACAAAGAAACCAAUAAAUUGCCAAAAAUCUACCAUGUCAACUGGUUCAGGAAGGAUAAGAAUGGUCGUUUCAUGUGGCCUGGAUUUGGAGAGAACGCGCGUGUCUUAGACUGGAUCUUCAGACGGGUCGAUGGUGAAGAUUGUGCCGUGCCCUCCGCCAUCGGAAAUCUUCCCAAGAAAGGAUCUCUGAAUCUGGAGGGACUUCAGGAUAACGUUGACAUGGACGCUCUGUUCAGUAUUCCUAAAGACUAUUGGCAGCAGGAAGUCAGAGACAUUGCCAAGUACUUUGAUGAGCAAGUUCAUGAGGAUCUGCCACCAGAGAUAAUGAAAGAACUGAGAGGACUCGAAGCCCGAGUGAAUGCCCUGUAAACUGACAGUCACUUCCGUUACACUGAAAAGUAGACUGUUCAGCUUCAGGGAAAAUUUAUUUGUUGCCAUAUUUUUAGAUAACAUUAUGUGAUUUAUGCAUUUAUUUACUUACUAUGUAAGGAGAUACAGAUUAUUGAGUUCAUUUUUGUAGAUAUGAUAAUUUUUACUGGUAUUUCAGAGGGGGUUUUCAUUGUCCUAUUGAUUCAUGUGAUCUCUUUAAUAUUUUAUAAUUAUGUAUUGUCAUAAUGAAAUGUUCAAUUCAUCAUGUAUUAAUGAAAUAUGUAUGUUUUAUUUUAACUUUUUUUAUGUUUUAGCAGUAAAAAAUAACUUAAACUGUGCAAUGGAGAUUAAAUUUGUUUGAUAAUUUUCUCUGAAACAUCCAUUUCUUUAUCUCGAGCUGCUAUGAUCUCAACUUUUAUUUUUAACUUGAUGUCAUUAUCUCUUGUAUUGCAUGUGUAAAGUCAGUUAAACAAAUCACUUGUUCCAGUCAACCAUUCCCUUACUGUUUCAUAUUCAUUCAUAGGAGUUCACAUAACCAAAGACUGUAAAAACCAUUUAGUGGCAAUAUACAUGUAUUGGUAUGCACAUAAGAAACGUGACUGUGAUAAUUUUCUUUCAUUUGAUUGUGUUAUAUAUGGGACUAGAAAUUCACACAAGAUGUGCUGGGAUUUAAUAAUGUUCACUGCCGGUGGCAUAAUGUAAAAUAUGGAUUUUCUUGUCAAACAGCUGAUUUAAUUGUUUUAACAAUGCAUGUAUUUUAAAUUGGGGCAGAAUUGCCCAAGAGAGGGAACUUAAAUUGAAAGAAAUACAAAUUUUAUUUAAAAGGA